UACAUGGCAGCCCGAUGUAAUCUUUCGCUAAAAGAGAGCAGCACUGCAUGGGGGCAAUUUGCAAAAAAUGUCAAAAAAUGCAUGAAUAAAUAUCCAAUUUCUUCUAUUUCCAAAAAUAAGUUUGUCCAGGUCUUUCAAGAUGUCAUCAUCAGGAGGCAAGUUUGGUAUGGUGGAUCAGGCAUUGAACACCUUGAAGAAGGUAGAGCAGUACAUUAUGGCUGGGAUAGAAACAACAAUCGAUGUGUCCCUGGAUCUGGUGGAAUGUGACAAAGAAAAUAGUGAGAGUAAAGUGAAUGACUUGAAAGAAAUCAUGUUGCAGUAUGCUGCCAUGGAGAGGGACCUGAAACAGUUUACAGAAAAUGUUGGGAUAGUCAAAGCAAAGGCCAAGACAAUCGAUUCGGAAAAAGAGUGGCCGGAUCUAAACCAACAACUUGAUGACUUACUUAACGAUGCACAAUCCAGCAAUAACGUAGCACAACUUGAGGGACAUGAGAAAUAUCUCGAAUUAAAGCAAAAAAUAUGGGACAUCUUACAUCCUGAUGAGCCUAUGCCGACUCAAGAAACUGCUGGUGACGAAGGUGAUGACGAAGUCGCGGUUACGCAACAAGACAUCAACACGCGCUGUCCGUACCUCGCCAGAGAAAUGACAAAUCCGUGGAGGAAUCUCAUCUGUAAACACAAUUACGACAAAGAGGCUGUGGAUCAGAUGUUGAAACAAAGGAAAUCAAGGUGUCCAGUCCAAGGCUGCUACAACGACAAACCGCUCCAGAAAUCCGACUUGGAUGAAAACAAGGAGUUGAAGAAAUAUAUUGAGAUGAAAAACAGACAGGGCAAGCAGAGGAGACGCGAGGGUGGGACACAGUUACAGAAGGCUACAGCGCACAAGUGAUGAAUCCUUUGUGUUUGUAACAAGGGACUAAGAGAGAUGUUUUUUAAGAACACUGCCAAUGUUUGAUUCGAAAGGAGAACUCCGAAAUAGCUUUACUGGGAUAAAUGAAUGAUGGACAAGUGGUACGAUAGGGUGAGACACAGUCACAGCCCUGGAAAGCUAUUGGGUACAAAUAAUGAACCUAUGGGGGUUAUUGGGUUUCGUCUAUGAAAAUGAUCCUCAUAAAAGCCUGAGAGAUGGUACUUGAACAUUUUCUACAAUGAAUGAUUGCAGGGUCGGAGGAGACAGAAAUGUUAUCCUCUAGCACCAAUUUCAUGAUAUAGAUUUUAUAUUCGACGUUAUUGUGAAAGUGCAUGUGUAUUUUUCACUAGUCAGAUUUGUAACUCGAUCAAUAUUUUUCAAAUACAAUGUUUAAU